AUGUCCAACCUUCAGCAUUCGACUACACAAGCGCAGGAACAGGGCCAAAACCCAGGCACUCCUCCAGAUGAACACCCUCACGACUUGCGCUCACGCCCAAACGAUGCACACAACGAGCACAGGAGUGCAGACACGGGGCUUGAUGGCAUUGAAUAUCCUCCCCAGCUCCACGCAGGUAAAGUCGGGCUCGGUCCCCACUAUGCAGAGCAGAAUCAGCCCACGCUCCAAGAGCAAUUCAAGGGUCUCAAAGAGAGCGUACAAGGCAAAUUGAAGCACGACCCAGAGUUGGCUGAGCGCGGUCACGAGCGUAUUAGUGGAGAGUUGAAGCGCAAGGAGAGACAAAAGGAGAUGAAUGAGCCUUUCGCAAAGGCGGAGGAAAAGACGAACCAAGCUCCAAAGGAUAGCCUCAGACGUGCUAUUGCGCACUCUACACGAGUCCGUUAUGGAACUCCGUCCCGGUUGGAGAUGCCGUCGGGGAUGGAGGGGCCACCGGAAAAUAAUAACCAGAGGGACAAGAAAGAGAAAGGGGGUAAAUAUGCGUCGUUGAAGACGUUAAUUGCUAGUGGAUUUAUUGCGGGAAUCAUGAUUGGCCUCUUCCAAGGGAGAAAUCAGGAGAAAGCAAAGCUUGAUGCGCAGAAAUCAGGUAUAGAGACACCUUUUCUUACACUCGAAGAGGUUCAAAAGCACAACUCUCGCGAGUCGGUGUGGGUGAUUAUUGGCGACACUGUUUACGACUUGACGGCAUUUCUCGACGAGCACCCUGGUGGACCGGACAUUAUCCUUCGUCACGCUGGGAGUGAUGUCAAUUCCAUCUUCGCCGCCAUACACGCUCCAACUGUUCUCAAGAUGCUCAAACCCGAGCAGUGCGUAGGAAAAAUUGAUGUCUCUACACUUCCGGCUCGGAAAGGAGACCUAGAAGAAGAAGAGCGUAUUCGACGCGAACGAGAGGCAAUGCCACCGGUGGCUGCUAUGGUCAAUUUGCGGGAUUUCGAGAAAGUUGCCGAGCGAGUGCUUAGUCGAACGGCAUGGGCAUAUUACUCGAGCUCGGCGGAAGACGAAGCAAGCCACAAAAAUAACCUCAGGUCAUGGUCUCGAUACUGGUUUCGUCCACGCGUCAUGGUUCCUGUGGGAACAAUAGACAUGACGACGUCAAUCAUGGGUAUUAAGACGGCACUCCCCAUCUUCGUAAGCCCCGCUGCCCUUGCGGGCCUUGGCCACCCAGAGGGUGAAGUAAACAUUACGCGCGGCGCUGGCAAAGCUGGUAUUAUUCAAGGGAUCUCAUCCAACGCCUCACGCACCAUUGAAGAUAUUUCCGCAGCUCGUCUAGAAAAUCAAGCUCUCUUCUUCCAGCUCUAUAUUAAUAAGGAUCGUAAAGAGUCGGAGCGGAUCAUCCGGCAAAUCGACGAGCUUGGAUACAAAGGCAUCAUGCUCACGGUUGACGCCCCCGUCCUUGGCAAGCGAGAGCGGGAUAUCAGAAAUCGACUUCCCACCACUGACGAAGAGACACCCACAGGGCGAACAGGUGUCUCGGCGCAACUCGAUUCAUUUUUCGACAUCAACUUGCAAUGGAGUGAUCUCCAAUGGCUCAAGAGCAUCACCGACCUGCCCCUUAUCGUCAAGGGCGUGCAGACGGUCGAAGAUGCCGAGCUCGCAAUUGAGCAUGGUGCCAAAGGCGUCUACCUCAGUUGCCACGGUGGUCGACAGCUUGACUAUGCUCCUGCCGCGAUUGACAUCCUCUGGGAGCUUCGCCAGCGCAGACCCGAUUUGUUUGACAAGGCAGAAUUCUAUGUCGACGGUGGUGCACGCCGUGGCACGGAUGUUGUCAAAGCCCUCGCACUAGGAGCACGAGCUGUUGGGCUAGGGAGGCCCUUUCUCUACGCAAACGGAACGUACGGGGAGCGAGGAGUGACCAAAGCAAUCGAAAUUCUCGAAGAAGAAAUUGCACUGGCAAUGCGAUUGGUUGGUGCGCGGAGUGUGUCGGAGUUGCGACCGGAGAUGGUGGAAAGGAAUGAUUACGGGCUUGUAGUGCUUAGAGACGAAUAG